GCGCUUUCCCCGCCGUUGCCCCUUUAAGGCCGGGCCCCGCCCCUCCCGCCGCUCUCGCGGCGCUUCCGGUGGCUCUUAAAGGGGCCGCGAUGGGCCCCGCGCGGGCGCUCCGGGCGCUGCUGCCGCCGCUGCUGCUCGCGAUCGGCGCCGCCUCGCGAUGGGUCGCGACCCCCGACACGGUGCGGCCGCGGGUGGUGCGGGAGCAGGUGCUGUGGGUCAGCGGGCAGGGCCGCGGGGGGGUCCACACCUUCCGGGUGCCGCUGGUGGCCGCGACCCCCGGGGGGGCCCUGCUGGCCUGCGCCGAGGGCCGGAAACGCUCGGCCGCCGACGUGGGGGCCAAAAUCAUCGCCUGCCGCCACUCCCCUGACGGAGGUGCGACGUGGGGGCCCGACGGAGGUGGCGGCCGACGACGGCUGGGAGGGGGACGGGCUGAACCUGGGGGCGCUGGCGGUGGCGGGGCCCGAGGUCUGCUGCUGUUCGCCCGCUGCGCCCACCCCCCGCAGGCCUGCGGCCCCCCCAGCACCCUCCUGCUGCGCUCUCGCGACGGGGGCCGCUCCUGGGGACCCCCCCAGAACCUCUCGGACGUGGUGGGCGGGGAGGUGUUCGCCCCCGGGCCCGGUUCUGGCAUCCAGAAGCAGCGGGCGCCGUUCCGGGGCCGCCUGGUGUUCUGCGGGCACGGGACGCUGGAGCGCGACGGGGUCACGCUGCUGCUGAGCGACGACGGCGGGCGGCGCUGGCGCCGGGGGGGGGGUCUGCCCGCCAUCCCCUUCGGGGCCCCCCGGCACCCCCGCGACUUCACCCCCGACGAGUGCCAGCCCUACGAGCUGCCCGACGGCUCCAUCGCCGUGAGCAUCCGCAACCAGGACUCGUACCGCUGCCGCUGCCGGAUGCUGGCGCGGAGCUGGGACGGGGGCGAGACCCUUCCCCCCGCCGCCGUCACCUUCCAGCCCGCGCUGCUGGACCCGGCCGUGGCCGCCGGGGCCCUGGCCAGCCACGGGCUCGUGCUCUUCAGCAACCCAGCCCACGAGAGCGAGCGGGUGAACCUGACGCUGCGCUGGAGCUUCGACAACGGCACCACGUGGUGGGGGCGGGGCCUGCGCGUGUGGGCGGGGCCCAGCGGGUACUCGGCGCUGGCGGCGCCGCCCCCCGCGGAGCAGGGCCCCGCCCCCCUGGUGUACCUCAUCUACGAGAAGGGGCGGAGCCUCUCCACCGAGAGCGUCUCAUUGGCCACCAUCAGCCUGGCGGGCGGCCCCUGACCCCGCCCCGCGGCGCGCGCAAUAAAGCGAUUGGUUCAGA